AGCCCCGGCCUGGGCGCGCCCGCGGAGGCCGCAGUGGGAGGGGCCGUCCCAGGCUCCCCGCGCCCUGCACCUCGGGCCCCGCCGCUUCCGCCCGCCCUGAGGCCGCUCAGGGAGCCGGGACGCGCUACCUGGGCUCUGCGCAGCCGGCUGGGGUCACGAGGAGGGUGUGGAUGGCAAGUGACUUCAUCCCUGCCCCGACAGAUGGAGAAACUAAGGCUCAGAGAGGCCGUCAGCCUCCUCCCCUUCCCUCCACGGCCGCUCCCGGCGGCUCAGUCCCACCCCCUCCGCCGAUGAGGCCAUGAGGCGCCGACUGGACUGGGGUCAGGUCACCCCUUUCUGCCCCACCCCCAAUCCGGAGGACUCCCUGCCGUCUGGGAGCCGAGGGAGCCCUGGGCCCAGGGUGCAGCUGGGGGCCUCUGCCAGGGACCCAACUCCUGACCCAGCCUCUGCUGGCCGCACCUUCUGCAGGGUCUCACAGAAUCAUGGACUGAGCCCACCCGGCCCCCACUGCACAGAUGGGGAAACUGAGGCCUGAGAGAGUGGAGUGGCUGGCCUCAGGCCACACAGAAAGGCCCCGCCUCUUCCAGAACCUCCUGCUCUUCCUGUGGGCCCUGCUGAACUGUGCUUUGGGGCUCAGUGCUCAGGGUCCGGGCGAGUGGACCCUGUGGGUGUCCUGGACCCGCUGCUCCAGCUCCUGUGGGCGGGGCGUAUCUGUGCGCAGCCGGCGGUGCCUUCGGCUUCCUGGGGAAGAGCCAUGCUGGGGAGACUCCCACGAGUACCGCCUCUGCCAGCUGCCAGACUGUCCCCCAGGGGCUGUGCCCUUCCGAGACCUACAGUGUGCCCUGUACAAUGGCCGUCCUGUCCUGGGCACACAGAAAACCUACCAGUGGGUGCCCUUCUAUGGGGCACCCAGCCAGUGUGACCUCAACUGCCUGGCAGAAGGGCACGCCUUCUACCACAGCUUUGGCCGCGUCCUGGAUGGCACCGCCUGCAGCCCGGGUGCCCAUGGGGUCUGCGUGGCUGGCCGCUGCCUGAGCGCCGGCUGUGAUGGGUUGCUGGGCUCCGGCGCCCUCGAGGACCGCUGCGGCCGCUGCGGAGGCGCCAAUGACUCGUGCCUAUUCGUGCAGCGCGUGUUUCGCGACGCCGGUGCCUUCGCUGGGUACUGGAACGUGACCCUGAUCCCCGAGGGCGCCAGACACAUCCGCGUGGCGCACCGGAGCCGCAACCACCUGGGUAUCCUCGGGUGUGAUGUGGGAGGCACCUGGCCGGCCGGGGGGUGUCCCCGUUUACAGAUGGGGAGACUGAGGCCUGAGGAGGGGACCCCAGGGUCUGGGAGACGAGACAGGCUCCUGAGGGCUGACUGUUCCCUUGCAGCACUGAUGGGGGGUGAUGGGCGCUACGUCCUCAACGGGGACUGGGCAGUCAGCCCGCCAGGGACCUACGAGGCGGCCGGCACGCAUGUGGUCUACACCCACGACCCAGGGCCCGAGGAGACGUUGCGCGCAGCCGGGCCCACCUCCGACGACCUGCUCCUGCAGGUCCUCCUGCAGGAGCCCAACCCAGGCAUCGAGUUUGAGUUCUGGCUCCCCCGGGAACGCUACAGCCCCUUCCAGGCUCGGGCGCAGGCCCUGGGCUGGCCCCUGAGGCAGCCACAGACCCGGGAGGUGGAGCCCCAGCCCCCCGCAGCCCCCACAGUUUCCCCUGCACAGACCCCACCCCUGGCCCCAGACCCCUGCCCACCCUGUCCCGACACCCGAGGCCGCGCCCACCGACUGCUUCACUAUUGCGCCAGUGACUUUGCGUUCCAGGCCCGCGUGCUGGGCCGCCACCGCCAGGCCCAGGAGACCCGCUAUGAGGUGCGUAUCCAGCUCAUCUACAAGAACCGCACGCCACUGCGGGCCCACGAGUACGUGUGGGCGCUGGGCCACUGCCCCUGCCCACUGCUGGCACCCCACCGGGACUACCUGCUGGCUGUCCAGCGCCUCGUCAGCCCCGACGGCACACAGGACCGCCUGCUGCUGCCCCACGCCGGCUAUGCCCGGCCCUGGAGCCCUGCCGAGGACAGCCGCGUACGCCUGACUGCCCUGCGCUGUCCUGUCUGAUCCCCCAGGAACCCUGGCCACACACAGCAAGAAACAUACAUCUGACCAGGUUCAAAGUCAACCUAUUUCCCCUCUCACCCUGGCUUCCAGGCAGCUCUGAAAUGUGUCCCACCUGCAGCUCUGUGACUCCCUCUCACACACAGACACCUCUGCAUGCAGCCACAUUCACCGCCACAAGCCGGCAGGCAAUGGUGGGAAAACACUGAGGUGGCGCUGACUUAUUUCACCUCUCUCCCUGGCUGCCAGGAAGCUCAUAGCUAUUUAUACUCAGUAAGUUGUUUGUUUUUUUUGUUUUGCUUUUUAAAUAUGGAACGCUUCACG